CCUCUCAUCAUAUUGCCCACAGCGGGUGGUUCCGGCGGCUCUUCAGCACCCACAAUUGUACCGAUCCCGAUACCGAUGCCCAUGCCGAUGCCGAUACCGUCACCGGCACCCGCUGGCAGCUCAUCUCAGGGUCCGAUCGUCAUCGCACCCCAGGGACCCUCGUACCCGCCUCCUCCUGCUCCUCUACCUCCGCCUCCGCCGCCUCCACCCCCACCACAGCAGCAGACGACGAGCGUCCCGGAAGUUAUGGCCAUCAUGGCGAUGAUGCGCCAGUUCACCACCAUGGACGGCGCUUACGACGACGAUGACGACUCGAGUGAGGAAGAACACAGGGAGUCGGCCAAGGAGCGAAAGAAGCAGAAGAAGAAGGAAAAGGAGAAGAGGAAGAAAGAACGCGACAAGGAGCGCGCUCGACGCGAGAAAGCUCGCAAGCAGGCCGAGCAGCAGAGACAGGAGCUGCUGAAGCAACAGGAAGAGGCGGCGAAACAGGAGCGUCAGCAGGAGCGUCAGGAGGAGCGUCAGCAAAAGCAAAAGUCCAAAGCUAACCGGCGCAAGACUAUAGCGGAAGCUGCCUUCGACCAAGAUUUCUCAUAGAACAGGACACCAUGGAAGGACAAACAUGCUGCGCUUCCUCUGAACUGUAGCUUUGUUAAUCUACAGUGCUAAGUAUACAGCGUGCAAAGCACGCGCACAU